UGGGCGGUUGCCUGCUGCCCCGCCCCAUCCCCUGCUGUCAGUUCCCGGCGUGCUUUGCACGGGGUGGCCGGCGGGGCGGGGCCCAGCCAAAGGACCCAAAAUGGCUGACUUCGAGGAUCGGGUGUCGGACGAGGAGAAGGUGCGUAUAGCUGCAAAAUUCAUCACUCAUGCACCACCAGGAGAAUUUAAUGAAGUGUUUAAUGAUGUCCGGUUACUGCUUAACAAUGACAGUCUUCUCAGGGAAGGGGCAGCACAUGCAUUUGCCCAGUAUAACAUGGAUCAGUUCACUCCCGUGAAGAUCGAGGGGUAUGAUGAUCAGGUCUUAAUUACAGAACACGGCGACCUGGGCAAUGGCAGGUUUUUGGACCCAAGAAACAAACUUUCCUUUAAGUUUGAUCAUUUAAGGAAAGAAGCGAGUGAUCCCCACCCUGAGGACACAGAAGCAGCUCUAAAGCCAUGGAGAGAUGCCUGUGACAGUGCGCUGAGGGCAUAUGUGAAAGAUCACUAUCCCAAUGGCUUUUGUACUGUUUACGGCAAGACUAUAGAUGGACAGCAGACAAUUAUUGCCUGUAUUGAGAGCCACCAGUUUCAGCCCAAAAACUUCUGGAAUGGCCGUUGGCGAUCAGAGUGGAAAUUUACCAUCACGCCCCCUGCAGCUCAGGUGGUUGCAGUCCUAAAGAUCCAGGUUCAUUACUAUGAAGAUGGCAACGUGCAGCUAGUUAGCCAUAAAGAUAUCCAAGACUCUCUAACGGUUUCAAAUGACGUCCAAACAGCCAAGGAAUUUAUUAAAAUCAUAGAACAUGCGGAAAAUGAGUAUCAGACGGCAAUCAGUGAAAACUAUCAGACUAUGUCCGACACCACGUUCAAAGCCUUGCGUCGGCAGCUGCCCGUCACUCGCACCAAGAUUGACUGGAACAAAAUCCUCAGCUACAAGAUUGGAAAAGAAAUGCAAAAUGCUUAAGGCAGAACUGAUGAGAUUGAUGAAAUGGUAGCGUACAAAAAAACUAAAAUGUGGUCAUAUGCCAAGUAGGUGGUUUCCAAACCAGUGUGGCAUUUUGCUAGGGCUUUCAAAGUUAACAAGUUUUCUUGCCUCAAGGAGAACUAUUGAACAAAUAGCAUUGUCUUUGUGUUUUGUGUUCCCUACCGUAUAAACUUCCUGUUACUGCAUUUACUGGUAGGUCAUUUGAAUUAAACCACAUUCAUGGUUCGAUGAUAUAGCUCUGUUUGGGAGUCACUGUAAUUACUGGUUGGAAAAUUUCCUAGCCCUGAAAGCCCUUUUAUAAAUACAGGCAGUUGGUGUUGGGAGUAUUUUCCCUGCACCCUUGUACAGCACUGCAGGUACUUCAGUAAGUUUGUCAGACCUGGUAACAGCUCAAGCUGCUGCGCUGCAAACUGUAACAAAUGCCAGAGAAGACGCAUCUCCCACACAUGCCUGCUGGCGAUCUCUACAUAGCAAUGGGCCUACAGGCUUAGAUUUUAAUAUCUGAAAUGAGUUUACAUGAUCCCUUACAGAAAUCUCAAGAAGGACCAGUAUUUUCUUGUGUAAGUUUAAUUUUUUUAAACCCUAAAGUA